AUGGCCAACAGAGUUAUCGAAUUACAGAAAAUGUUCCAAGCUUCUACUAAGCCAUUGUGGUGGAGACACCCAAGAUCGGCUUUCUACAUGUAUCCUUUCUGGGGUUUGUUCGCUGUUGCUGUGAUAGCUCCACUCUUGUACAUCCCAAACACUGUCAAAGGUAUUAAGCCAAAGAAGAACUGA